AGGUAUUUACUGUGUUAUAUAAGGAAGUAAAUAUAAAAUUUAAUCAACUUAAAUCUUAUAAAACCUCAUUUUAGAGUUUAAGAUUAAAACUGGUGAUCGAUUAACGUUCUAAAUGGAAGUCUCCGGUAAACUAGCUGAAGAAAGAGAAAGCUUAAAGCUUUGUGAACAUUGUCAAUUUGUAAAUAUUACAACAAAAGCAAAUGGAAUAUGUCGGGAAUGUGAGGAAUAUAUGUGCGACACAUGCUUCCGGAAUCAUCUCAAGGGUAAAAGGAAUAGAAAUCAUGAAUUGAUUGACAUGAAUGACCCAGAUAUUUCUGCAUGGAAAAGUGCAGAAGACGUAGAGAAAUGCAAACAGCAUGAUAAUGAGGCGAUCAAAUUCUACUGUCGUAAACACGAAUUUGUUGGGUGUGGAGACUGCAUUAUAUUGGAGCAUAGUACAUGUAAACCCGAAUACAUAAAGGACUUAUCGAAAAACGUCCAGGAAAACGAAAAUUUUAUAAACUUGAUGAGGAAAAUUGAACAACUGGAGCAUGAGAACAAAGCAAACUAUGAGAACGUCCAAAAGAAUCGAAAAAACUGUAAAGGGAUGCACGAAGAAGUGCUAACUAAGAUAAGGAAGUUUAGAACAGAUAUCAAUAUUUAUCUGGAUAAGGCAGAAGCAGAUAUAAUAUCUGAAAUGAAACAACUAAUGUUCGACAACGACAAACUCCUUGAUAAGUUAGAUAACGAAUGUGCAAAAUGUACGUCUAAAGUUGAAGGAUUAAAGCAGAAAAUUGACCCGACUGUCCAUAGAGGAAAUGUACUGUUUAUACAAACAGUACGUAGCAAAGUAAGUGUUCUGGAAAUUGAACAUGAGCUGUCAAAAACUGUACAAUCAGUAUGCGAAGUCAAACGUUAUGAAUUUUUUCCCAACCAACACUUGUCCAGUAUCAUCAAAUCAAGAGAAACUGUUGGCAAACUGAAUAUUUCGAAUGUAAAUGAACCUAAGCAUGAUGCAAUCACAAAUUUGGAAAUGAACGUUGAUACAUUAACAUUCGAGGAACCAAAGAAGCCAACGAAGCCAGUGCAGCAGGAAACAGAUACAAAAACUGCUGUGAGACCGCCAUCUAGUUUUGUCGGUGCCCGUGUACAGGUAAGAGACACAAAUUGGAUGGUAAAUAUCAUUUUAUGUUUUGACUGUUAGCUCAAUAAUUCAAAGACGAUGUUAUAUCAGGCCGACGUUAACGUUACUGACUAAAUAUCAAAACGUGAAUAAGAAACAUUAAAAGAUUUAAUCGACAUAUUAUAUUCUACAACUUAACACUUCACAGUUUUCAUAAUUGUAUAAGAGUUGUAUCAAAAUUUCAAAGUUUUAAAUUAUGAGGGCUUGGCAAGGUAAAUAUUCUUCUAAUGAUAUACAGUUAAUAUUAAUACUAUUAUCGUAACGAAAAGCAGUGACUUAUGUUAAAGAGUACAGAUAAAUGACGUCCUUCUUGGUUGCAAUAAUGGCGAAAAAUAAAACAAUAGGUUUAGUAUUUUUUUCAAGAAAUCUUUGUUGAUAUAUUUACUAUGCUUAUAGUAACUGUUAGUAUAUCAAAACCACCUAUGUACUUUCAAAUGCACUUCACGAACUUUUAGCACAAACUUAGUGAUAGCAAAAAAUCAACAUCAUUUUGAUUAAGCGAAUUUUUAUCAUGUCAUGGGAUUUCUCAGCAUUCUGAAGAAUUUAGAUUAAUGCAAAAUUUAUGCAAAAUCACUCCGCAGAAUAAAAUAUUAGGUCAAUACUUUGUCAUAAAUAAAAAAUAUUAUCAACCAGUGGUGGGAUUAUAUAAAAAUACAGUAUCUUGUUACAGAGUAGGAACAUGAUUUCGAAGUGUUACACUUAUCUAAGACAGUUGAACUCUGUCUUACACAUGUAUAUAAUUUCAUUUGGACAGCAUUAAGAUUUUGAGCUCUCGAUAUCAGAUGUCGGUGACAUCUUAUCUCGAGAGCUCGAAAUCCUAUCUCGUUCGCAUGACCUCUUUUGUCGAGUGCACAACAUCUUAUAUCGGGCGUUGGUUAUCUUAUCUCGUGCGCACAGCAUUUUCUCUGGAGCACACGACAUCUUAUCUUAAGCGCACGCAAUCUUUUUUCGUCCGCACGACAUCUUAUUUCAAGUGCACGAACUUUUAUCUCGUUUGUACGACAUCUUAUCUUUAUUAGAAUACGCUUAAAAUGAAAUUAAUGAUGUAAACAUUUUUGUGAUUAACUCAUUUUGCCCUGAAAUACAAAUAAUUUUUUUGUAAAAUUUUGAUACACAAAAUAUGCGCGUGAACAUUGGGGUAGGGUAAACUUAAAACAAUACAGCGAAAACGAAGUCGGAGAUCCCCAUUUUCCCCCUCAUUUAACGGUAAAAUCAAUUAUAUGAAAACUUUAGAUUUUUUUAAUUACAUCUAUGGACCCACUUUAACACAUUAUUUAGUCAUUCAGCUGGAAAAC